AGAAGAAGACUUACCUGGCGGUGACGGGCGCUGGGCCAUCGGACGGCGGCAAAGCAGGCGCAGGGCGAGUCUGGUGCAGGAUAUCCAGUGCAAUCCAACUCUAGUGUCUGUAGCAAUGAACUCCAGGUUCAGCAGAUUCUAUAACUCUUCUUGAACUUCUUAUACUUUACAGAGCAACUGAAGUAAAUGCUGAGCAGCCCAUGGCGGUUAAUGAAAAAACUGUGAGCAUUGAUAAGCCAACUAAGGGUAUAUAUGUAUAGUAUGCAGCAAAAUCAGUUAAUUGGGCAACAAUACAAUUUUGGAGACAUGCAGCAGCAGCAGCGGAGAUUACUGGGGCAACACAAUAACGAUCAAAAUCUGCAGCAGCAGCAACAGCAUCAGCAACAGCAGCAUUUGCUUGGAACCCAGCCUGACAACUCAAGCAUGCAAACUAAUCAGCACUCUGUAUGCAUGCUGCAACAGCCCAAGGUUCCAUGGCUGCAGGAAACUGCAAUUAAUUUGUUGCCAACUCAAGGCCAGCAGUCACAAUCACAGCUUCCACAGCAGCAAUUGAUGUCACAGAUUCAAUCACUGCCGACACAGUUUCAACAACAGCUGGUUUUGCAAGAGCAGUCUAAUCCAUUGCAACAAGAUCUGCAGCCAAGGCUCCAAGCAUCAAGUCAAGCACCAGCUUCCUUGCUUCAACAGCAGAUUGUAAUUGAUCAACAAAAGCAAUUGUAUCAAUCACAAAGGCCCCUCCCAGAGACAUCAUCAACAUCUCUUGAUUUGACAGCACAAACCAUACAUGCAAACGGAGGUGAUUGGCAAGAGGAAGUCUACCAAAAGAUCAAAGACAUGAAGGAAAUGUACUUGCCCGAACUAAAUGUAAUUUACCAGAAACUUGCCACAAAGUUACAGCAGCAUGAUUCUCUUCAACAACAACGCAAGUCAGUGGAUCUCGAGAAGAUAAAAAUGUUCAAGACCUUGUUAGAGCGCAUAAUAGCAUUCUUACAGGUUUCAAAACAUGAUAUUUCGCCACGUUUCAAGGAGAAAUUGGGUUCCUAUGAGAAGCAGAUUAUAAAUUUUGUAAAUGUAAAUAGACCCAAGGAAAUGCAAAUAAAUCCAAGACGUGAUAAAUUAGUUAGGGAAUGUGAGUGAGAAAGGGUAUGGGAGGCCUGAAAUGAUGUGGAAGAAAAUGGUAUUUUAAGGUUUAUGAGUUUUUAAUAUUGAUGCAGACUUUGUAUCUAACAAAAUUAAAUGACGAAAAAAAAAAGAUUAAUGUAGUCGAAUCUAAA